AUGUGGCAACUUUUGAUGCAUCUGUCUGUUUGUACAGACGACAUUAUGUGUCAGGCUGAAGAAGGAGGGAGGCUUGCUUUGUUAGGCCCAUGGGAGGAUGCGAGGAGGAUAUAUAGUGGAUCGAGACCAUGCGAAGCCUUAGUGGCAAUGAGGACCAAACAGAGGCGACAGGUGUGCAUUCUUCUACCGAACAAGCAGCACCUGGAUUGUGCUGUCACGGUAAAAGCCAGAGGCCGUGAGGUGUUGAACAGUGUGUUGAAGCAUCUUGGUGUCAGUGAUCUCCAAGUGUUUGGUCUAGCUGUUAUGAAAGAUAAUGAUUACCUGUUUCUUGAUUUGGAUCAAAAGCUGAGCAAGUACUUUGGGAAACGAUGGAAUAAAGGAUCUUUAAUGGUCCCGUUUAUCUUAUUUCUAAGAGUCCAGUAUUAUGUAGAAAGUGGGCUGCUGAUUUUGAGCACCACAAUGCAGCAGCUCUACUACACUGAGCUGAGGCAGAAGGUGCUGCGUUCACAGAGCCACCAUCAGGAGGCUUUGUUCUUCCAGCUGGCAGCCUCUGCCCUCCAAGCUGACAUUGGCGAUCUGGCACAGGGAGAGGAGACUGAGGAAGAUGGAGAAGAGAAGAAGCAGGAGAGAAAACACAGAUGCUACUUUCUCCCUGAAGAUUACUUCCCCUCAUGGCUCAUAAAGCGCAGAGGGAGAGAGUACUUACUUCAGCACAGCCCAGUGCUGCAUGGUGAGCUGAGGGGGGUGUCCCGCAGGCAAGCCAUCCUGCACUUUAUAAAGGAAGCCAACGGGCUGCAGGAUGGACCUGUCACAUUCUACAGGAUGAGAGAGGAGGACAAACAGCCGAGGAGUUUAAUCCUCCUCGGUGUGACAGUGAAAGGAGUCCAUAUUUGCCAGGAGGUGGAAGAGAAACAAUCUUUGUUGUACGAUUUCUCCUGGACAGGUAUUGAUCGCUUCACCUUUCAGGGCAACAGGUUUGAAAUCACUGCUGUGGGCUCUUUGUGCCUUCCUAAACUGGUUUAUUACACUAAAUCAGCUUUCCACUCUAAACACAUCCUGAGGCACCUCCGUGACAGUCACCAACUCCACAUGAACAUCAGAAAUGCAGUCAGUUACAUCCAACAGCUGGAAAACAUGGGUACCAAAGAAGCCUACAUCUGCGACACAGCGUGCCUAAGAAAGAGUCUCCAGUGCAGCAACCUCACAUCUUCAAUGUCCAAUUGCAGUGAUGCACUGGAAACAGCUACUGCCUGGUUUAAAGAGGAAAAGGAAGAGGACGGAAGCUCUACAACAGAGUCUGAGCUGUGGUUGGACGAAUCAGAGGAGUUGUUUGUUGAUGAUCCAGCUGAGGUGUCCUGGCUGGCUGAGCUGCUCCAUGGUGUGUCUGUCGACGCUCCUUUGAUGUUACCCUCUUUUUGCUGGGCAGCUGUCACCAUGGAAAUGAAACAGGUUCUGUGGAAAAAAACGGAUGAAGGGAUGUCUGUGGACUAAUUUAGAUUCAGAGGAUGCAGGGAUUCAUCACCCGUUCUUCAUCUCAAGACAAGGAGACACCUGUUGGAGUUUGUUGUUAUGGAGCUAAAAUGCUGAAAGGAUACAGCUAUAUUUUGUUUGCU